AUGUUGUCGAAAGGCUCCAAGCUCCGCAUUUUCCUAUCAGACAUCCUCUCACUCUCUAAUGAAAAGCGGGGCAGCGGCGUUGCAAACCUAGUCGCUCCUCAGCUCACUAUCCAUAAACCCCGGAACAACAGUACCUGGUUCGAGGAGGCGUGCGGUAAACCAGAAACACUCGAGUGGUUCCUCAAGCCAUUCAAAAACCGAUACGAUGUUUAUCUGCUUGUUGGGUUCUUCAUUCUCACGGACGCAAGGCUGGCUACGAUCAGGACUUCCUCAACACUCGAGGCUGCCGGUGCUGAAGCAUCAGCGCUACCGACAGCGGUUGCGGCUCUAGGUGAUGCUAAGGCCCUGGUGGGGAGUGUAAGAAAUACCAGGGACGUUAGUUACGGCCGGAUUAGUGUCUUGGAUGUCCCGGGGGAUCAGAUCUUUGGUCUGUGGUAUCGUAAAGUGAAAUUCAAUUGGUUCUUUAGCCGGGAGCCUAGUAUCUCCCUCAGUAAUAAGACCCGGUGGCAACCACUCUACGAGGUAAGGGGUGGCCCUGAAGUAAGUACGGGUAAUGAGGUAGAUAGCGAUGAUGAGGAGGAGCCGGACAUGCUGUGUGUAAGUCUCGAGGGUGAUAGCGACUGGGAGGAGAAGGAAGAGGAAGAGGGGGGGGGGGGGGGGGGGAGAAGGAUGCCAGCAGGAAUAUACAGGAGAGGGUAUUGUAGUGUGGCUUCGGACCCUGCUGGAUUGGAUUAG